GCUCAAAAAAGUAAACAUUUCAUCAAAAAUUAAUUAAAUCAAUUAAAUACUGAUAAUUACAUUAUAAAAUGUAUACCAAGUUGUUGUAUGAUUAUCUUGUGGAUUGUGAGUGCUGUAAAUAUUGUGUGUUAAGGUAUUUAAAGCCUAGAUACGAAGAAUUAUUGUGUGUAGAAAAAGCAUUUGAAAAAAGGAAGUUGGGACAUGAAAAACUCAAAAUCAAUGAUUUGAAUGAGAAGAAACAGAAGCUAAAUCCUUGUGUUAUUUGUUUUGGACUAUUUGAGAAUAUUGAUAGCAUAAUUUUGAAAGUUAAAGAGGAUGAAAGACUGAAUAAUUAUGAAAUUGACAAGUUCUUGUCGGGCUUUUCACUUCCUGUUCUUUUGGAACUCACUCAGUUGCAGAUGUGGCUGGCUCUGAUUGAAAAAUUUCCUGAACAUAUCAGUAAAGAAAAUACACCAGACGUACCCAUUAAAGAUGCUAUCAAAUACAUAAUAAAUGAUAGACUAGAGAAAGAAUUAAAGAAGGAAUUUGAUGUUGAAGGAAUCCUGAUUGGAAUAAAUUUUUCAAUUGAAAACGAGCACGAAGCUUUAAGUAAACUUGAUGAGGUUGCUCCGGAACUAAUGAACGAAAGAAAUAAACAGAAGAAGCGUUUUCGUACCGAAGUAAUCUCAAGGAAUUACUUCUGUAAGCAUUUCACACCGACCAGUAUCGAUAUCACGAAGUUUCAAAAAUUAAUUCCAAUUCCACCGAAAGUUCCAACAGCACCAAUUAAAUUUGAUGAAAUAGCCAUUACAGGUCCAACAAUUUUCCUCGCAGGACGUUACAAUAAAUAUUCGAGAGAUUUGAGUCAAACGCCUUGGUUUGUAGGCGGCAAAAAACUGUCAGACUUGAGUGUAGAAGAAAUCAUUGUCAGCUCCAUUUUGCCUCAUUUCAAAGUAUCUGAAUCAAGUGUCACAUUUAUGUCAAGCGGGCGAGAAGAUGUUGAUGUUAGAUGCCUUGGAAAGGGUCGACCGUUUGUACUUGAAAUUAUGAACACAACAAAAACAAUUUUGGAUAAAACCUUGGCGAACGAGAUGGAGGCAAAAGUGUGUCAAUCUGGUGUUGUAUCUAUUCGUGAUGUGCAGCUGGUAAAAAGAGAUGAUCUCCAUGCCAUUAAAUCGGGUGAACAAGACAAGAAGAAAUAUUAUCGUGCAUUGUGCACUUUAAGAGAUAAUGAUAUUAUUAAUGAGGAAAUGCUAGUAAAGCUAGAAAUAAAUGAAUCUUUUGACAUACAACAAUGGACGCCUUUGAGAGUUCUACAUCGUAGGACAUUGAUGAAAAGAACUCGAACAGUUCACAGUGUAAAGGCACAUGCUGUUAAAGGUAACUAUGCACUAAACAAUUUUAAAAUUUGUCAUUUUGAACACGUAUUAUGUCUGUAAAAUGUAUUAACGUACGAACAAUGUCAACAGAUAAGCACAAUCUGAUUGUCCUCGACUUCGUCACGCAGGCCGGAACUUACAUUAAGGAGCUUGUACAUGGUGAAUUUGGACGAACAGCGCCGAGCAUUUCAUCUCUUAUUAAUAGGGACAUUGACAUAAUUUCAUUGGAUGUUAUGAACAUUGAUCUCGACUUUCCACCAUCGACGCAAACAUGAGAAUGUAAUUAACAGUAAAAUGAACGCGUAAUUCCGCUUCUCAUAAAUAAUUAAUUAUGUAAAUUCCAUUUAAAAAUUUAUAAACGACCAGAUUUGGUAGAAAAAGUCAGCGUCAACAAUAAAAUUUUAAUGAAUGAGGAAGUUUUCAUAUUUUUACACAGAAUUUAAUAUGUAAUUUUAUUAAUGACAAUAAAUAUGAGAAAGAAAAAGU